UGCCACACGGGGGGACCCGAGGAGCCUCUCCUGCUGCUGCCUGUCCUGCUGCUGCCUGUCCGCCUUCAGUCUCACUCUCUGCUACUGCUUUGUUGUCCAGCCGGAGGAGGUCACUCAGUCGGAGCAGCAGUCCCCUCACAGCGCACUCAGGAGCCGCAGAGCAGCCGCCGACUCUCCGCAGAAAACAAUUCUUUCCGCAGUUUGACAAAACAACCAAAUCCAGCAUCAUGGGGAAAGGCUGCCUGACAGUGACCAAGUACUUCCUGUUCCUCUUCAACCUCAUCUUUUUUCUGUGUGGGGUCGUCAUCAUGGGCUUCGGGCUGUGGCUCCUGCUGGACAAUCAGAGCUUCAUCGUCGUCCUGAGUAACUCCACAUCUGUGAAGGCGGCCUGCUACAUUCUGAUUGGCGUCGGGGCCUUCUCCAUGCUCAUGGGCUUCCUCGGCUGCCUGGGGGCCAUUUACGAGAUCCGCUGUCUGCUCGGCCUGUACUUCACCUGCCUCCUGCUGAUCGUCAUCGCUCAGGUAGCAGCCGGCGCCCUCAUCUACUUCCAGAAGGAGACGUUAAAUGAAAAGAUGUCAACGGUCGUGGUCCAGGUGCUGAAGGACUACUCUGGCAAAAACUCGACCACGGAGCAGGCCUGGGACUUCAUCCAGAGGAAUAUGGAGUGCUGUGGCUGGAGCAGCCGUCUGGACUGGAGCGAGAACGAGGUGAUCGCCAACAGCUCCCAGCUGCUAUUUCCCUGUUCCUGCCAGAACAUCUCGGCCUCCACCGGGAACUUUUCCGACAGCAGCUUCUGUGAGGCUCAGACGCCCGACUGGCCCGUAUACGACACGGGUUGUGCUGCCAGCGUGGAGAGCUGGCUGCUCACCAACCUCGGGGUCGUUCUGGGUAUCUGCCUUGGAGUGGCUCUGAUUGAGCUGGUGGGGAUGAUCUUGUCCAUCUGCCUGUGCAGGAACAUUCACACAGAGGACUACACCAAAGUGCCAAAGUACUAAAGCAGCUGACUGGAGGAACAGAAAGAAAGAGAGGGAACCUUAAAAUAAUGCAUUUUGUUCACCAUCUUGUAUUUGGUGAAACAUUUGUCCAAAUGUAAAAUAGUUUGUUUUAUAUCUUGUUAGAUUCUUCUUCUCGUGAGCAACUUUCACCUUAUUUUAUUUCUGUGACUUCGUUUUUUUUGUGCACUUUAGAGAGAGAUGCUGAAAAUGAUUUUGAUUACAUUUAUAUAAGACUACAUUUUAUCAGGAACCUGUUGGUUCCGAUUAAAGCAUCUCUGUAAAUGAUCGCUUUUUGAUUUUAGUUUUCCCCAAAAAUCUGAAGAGAAAUCACAUUUUAUCGUCUGUAGCGUAAGAAGCUAAGCUAACGUUAGCAUGACAACUGAUUUGAACAACUGGAAAAAUCCUCUGUGUGAGGCAUGUUUUUUGUUUUUUAUACACCAGCGUUCUGAGUUAUUGUGAAAUGUUUUUAGUCAUUUGUAUAUAAUUUGAGUCAUUCUUUGUGUGAAUUUUACUCCAAAAAAAAGUCUGCCAGUGUUUUAUGUAGUAGCUGGUUUUUAAAAGUUGGCAGUUUUUUGUGUAUUUCUUUUCUUAAAUUUUGUCCUGGAAAUAAUAGAAAUAAUGUGGUACUAAAGAGGAAUUUAUGAUAAUUGUUUUGUGAAAGUAUCACUCCGAGUUUACAAUUGUCUUCGACAAGCAAAAACAAGAUUUUCCUUUUUUAAGAUAGCUUUAAGUUUAUAUUUGACGUAAAAUAGAUCCAGUUUAAGGAGUGAAAUGUUUCUUAACUGUUUUUGAAAUAUAUGAACUUAAAUGUGGAAAGGGGAUACAAUUAUUUAGGCAGAAGAAAUAUGUUUUGCGAAGAUCCGUCUUGGAAAUUUGUUUAUACUGAAAAAUCUUUUGAAAUUCCUUUAUGUAAACUUUUUCAUUCUCAUCCAAGAUGUUGUGGUGUUUUUAUAAUGUACAAAUCCAGUUCCUGGUUUCUUUUUAUGUACAGUCAGUAUGAAAAACAACCCAUUAACCUUUAUAAUAGUUUCUUAGACGGAAAGGGUACGUAUGUUUGUAACUAGAUGGACUGUUGGUAGCUUGAUACGCAAGUGUGUACUCACAACAUUCAUCCUUUCAUUUGACCAAUAAACUGAUUACAGUG